GCAACAGGCCCAUCCAGUCAUGCAUGCCAUGCCGAUACUCACUAGCGCUGCGUCGACCGCAUCGUCGUCGGCGCCGCCGUUCUCGUCGCCGCGGACCCGCUCACGUCCGCGGUCGAGGUCGCGGUCGCGAUCACGCUCCCGCUCUCGCUCCGGCUCGAGCGACGAGCCGGCCACCGGCGGCGAUCGCGACCGUAAUCGCACCCACGACCGCACUCAUCCACCCGUCGCGCCACGUGGCCGCGCCUCCCGCACUGCACACACCCAGAGUCUACCCACGGCGGCGCCCAGUGGCGUCGGGAACGACAGCAUUGGCGCUAGCCUCCCGGAGGCUGGGGCCGGAGCUGGAGCUGGAGCGGGAGCUGGAGCGGGAGCUGGAGCCGGGGCUGAAGCCGGAGCUGGUGUGGCAGCGGCUUCCGGUGGCCCCACAGUCGGCGCCAUCCCGAUGCCGGUGCCGGCCAUGCUCACCACAGUGGCGCCGCUGCCGUCGCCGACCGCCACAGACGCACUUGCCAGCCUCGCGCCUGCCACCGGCGGUCGAGCCGGCGGUGGCAGAAGCGCAGCGGUACCCAGCCGGACACGGCAGGCAGUCGGUCAUGGACAGGCGACGGAAGCGCGGACGCACGGUCACAUUGAGAGCUCCAGGGCUGGGUCGUCGCGGCGCGAGCGCGAGCGCGACCGUGACCGUGAGCGCGAGCGUGGAGGGCGCGGGCCGCGAGCUUCGCGGAGCGGGCGGUCGUCGCGGAGCGGACGGCGGCGGUCGCGAGCUUCGCGGAGCGGGCGGUCGUCGCGGCGUGGCGGGUCGUCGCGGCACCGGCGUGAGACCGACGAGUCGGACGAGGGCUGGGUCUGCCAGGAAAUUUCACCGGCGGCGCUCAAAGUUGUGCCUGUCGGCUUGUUUGCGGCGGUCAAGGCCAACGCAGCUGACCUCCAGGCGAGCCUCGCCAAAGAGUGUGUGGCGGCUGCGUCCGGCGAGAGCAGUGCCUCCGCGGCGCAGCGCAAGGUUGACAUGCACACGCUCAUUCUCCUCGCAUGCCAAGAAAACCACGUGACGGCGCUGCGGGCGCUCCUUGACUGCAACAUGGUCGACUUGCAGGCACCAGUUCCGUGGCCGGCCAUCUACGUGGCGGCGCAGAACAACGCGCUCGAGUGCGUGCGCGAGCUGUUGCAUCGGGGGGCGGCGGUUGACGCGGUGACGGAAAAGGGCGUGACGCCGCUGUACGUGGCGUCGAAGCGCGGGUUCUCGGACGUGGUGGCCGACUUGCUUGCGGCCGGCGCCGAGGUCGACCGCACCUACGACCACGGGUGGUCGUCGCUCUGCGUCGCUUCGCGCUACGGACGGCUGGAGGUGGCCAAGCUGCUCAUUGCCGCCGGCGCUCAGGUCGAUGUCUCGUACGUUGACGGAUGGUCGGCGCUGUACGCCGCGGCGCGGGCCGGGCACCUCGACGUGGUCAAGCUCCUGCUAAAGCACGGGGCGUCGAUCGACCGGCGCAAGACCAACGGAACGACUGCGCUCUGGGUUGCCGCCCGCGACGGGCACGAGACUGUUGUCCGCCACCUCAUCGAUCACGGAGCCGACGUCAACAAGAAGGACAAGGACUCUUGGACGCCGCUGUACACGGCGGCACGCGAGGGCCACUACGCUAUUGUGCUGUACUUGCUCGAGAAGGGCGCUCAGGUCAACACCCAGACGGAGACCGGGCUCACACCGCUCAUUGCAGCCGCCGAAAAGGGCCACCUUAACGUGGUCAAGAUCCUGCUUGCGUACGGGGCGUCGGUUCAAAUCACGGCGGCCGACGGCACGUCGGCCAUGUACUCUGCGGCACAGAAGAACCACGUGGACAUUGUGGCUGUCCUCCUCGAGUCGAACGCGCCGCCGGACAUCUCGCACCGCGAGGGCACGACGCCGCUGUCGACGGCAGCCAAGGAAGGCAACCUUGAGGUGGUCAAGCUCCUGGUCCGCCACGGAGCCAAGGUCAACCGGACUGGGCACGAAGGCACGACGCCGCUACUCUACGCCGCGUACGACGGGCAUGACGAGGUUGUUAACUACCUGCUGCAGGCCGGCGCCGAUCCGAACCUCUCCAAGGAGAACGGCGUGAGCACGCUGUAUGUGGCGGCGCAACGUGGGCACACUAAGAUUGUGCGGACGCUCAUCGAAGCUGGCGCCAAGGUGGACCAGGCGUACAACGGCGGGUGGCCGGCGCUGUGCGUGGCGGCACGGUACGGGCGGGCCGAGGUUGUGCGCCUUCUUGUCGAGGCCGGCGCGGCUAUCAACGCCACCUACGUUGGCGGGUGGUCGGCGCUCUACGCUUCGGCGAGGGCAGGACAUGUUGAGGUCGUUCGCAUCCUGCUCGAGCACGGGGCGUACCCAAACCAGCCAAAGGAGAACGCGACGACACCGCUUUGGGUCGCAGCCCGCGAGGGCCACACCUCCGUCGCCGAAGAGCUCAUCAAUGCCGGUGCCGACGUCAACGUCUGCGACUCGACAGGGUGCUCGGCGCUGUACGCCGCCGCCCGUGAGGGCCGCGACGCGGUGGUCAAGCUCCUUGUGGAGCGCGGCGCUGAGGUCAACCGCGCCAACCACGACCACACCACGCCGCUGUACGUUGCGGCUUACGACGGCUGCGGCGCAGGACGGGGCGACGCCGCUUUUGUGGCGUCGCAGCAAGGCCACGCCGCUGUUGUGCGCGUUCUCCUCGACCCGUACCAUGCCUCGGUCGACGCCACACGCCUUGACGGCGCCACGCCGCUCUUUUUUGCGGCGUACAACGAGCACACCGAUGUGGCCAAGCUUCUUCUCGCCCACGGCGCGUGCGUUCAGCUGGCGACGCUCACCGGGCUCACGCCGCUCGCUGCCGCCGCCCGCAAGGGCUCGCAGGCCAUGACCGAGCUCCUCCUCGCGUCGAUGCAUCGGACGGCGCUAGCGGCGGCACGGCGCGGUGCGGCCAACAGCGAGGUAGCACGGCGCGAAGCCAGCAGCACGCAGGCGCUUACACGCGGUGCACCCAACAAGGCUGCGCUUGCUGCCUCACACGAGCUGUUUGAGGGCAUUCGCUACGCGCGCAUGCACUCGGAGCUUGAGAACUCGAUCAUCGACUAUCUCAUCGACCCGGCGACGCCGGUCCUCAUCCAGCUCAUGGGCUCGCACCCGGUGCUGGAGCGGGCAGUCCGGAUCCCGAACCGUGACUGGAACGCCCUCGCCCGCACCUGCCGCAAUCCGAUCCAGGCACUGGCGCAGGCGUCGGGCGUGCCGCUGGAAAUCUGGAUCGUCAUCGUCCUCCCUCUGCUGGGCAAUCCCGUGAUGGAGGACGAGGACGUGCCGCGGACGUUCCGCGGCACCGUCCUGCAGGCCAUGUCCGAGCCACUGCUCUCAGUCCCAUCGAUGGCCACCAUGUUUGAGCACUUUAUUCCGCCGUGGUGGCAGACGGUCGGACAGGGCAAGAGCUACACCCACACGGCCCAGCGCGCGGCGUUUGCUCUCAAGCUCCGCCACUUGGCGCGGCUCGAAGGCAAGGCAUAA